UCAAUCUCUUCCUCUUCGCAGUGUCAGGUCAGCAGCACUAUAGUAAGACCGCGUCGCCAUUGGGUUUUAUGCAGAAAAAGUGACUAUCCAAGUUUUAACGGUUCGACAGUGUUUCAUUGAGAAUUAAUAGAAGCCUGUGUGGCACAACGAAGCAAAAAUUGAUUCCACAAUGAGUAGUUACGGCCGACCUCCGCCCAGAAUCGAUGGAAUGAUAUCGCUCAAGGUCGAUAACUUGACUUACCGUACAACCCCUGACGAUUUGCGUCGUGUAUUUGAACGUUGCGGGGAAGUUGGUGAUAUUUAUAUUCCACGAGAUCGCCAUACCCGUGAAAGUCGAGGUUUUGCUUUUGUCCGGUUUUACGAUAAGCGCGAUGCUCAAGAUGCUUUGGAUGCUAUGGAUGGACGAAUGUUAGAUGGCAGGGAGCUCCGUGUGCAAAUGGCGCGUUACGGACGGCCUACUUCGCCUCAGCGCGGCAGUGGUGGCGGCGGCGGUGGAGGACGCCGGUACAAUGGUCGCGAAAGAGGCCGCUCACGUGAUCGUUACCGAAGACGUUCUCGGUCAUUGGACCGCACACGCGGAGGUGGCGGGCGCCGGUCGUAUUCGCGAUCGAAAUCUCGAUCCCGAGACCGAUCUCGCUCCGGCAGCAAGUCAUCUCGCGGCAAGGAAUCCAGAUCCCGCAGCCCGCUAGACCGAGGAUCCCACUACUAGAUACAGCAGCCGCCUAUUGGUCAUUUACUGAUUCAGCUAAAACCAUCGUACAUGUGUGCUUCGCGUACGCUAUAAUUAAACCCUCAACAUGAUUAAUAUAAUAUUCGGUAAACGGACAACACACUCCGGAACAUGCUGCAAAAAUAUUGCCAGGGCAUAUGCGGUUGUAUGCUGCUGCUGCUCCUACUGCCGUUUGCCCGUAAGAAAGCGACUCAGCGAACUUACGCACACGCACACUGACUGAACGAGCGGGGAGAAAGAGAUCUGUUCAAAUCGCUGCUGUGUUGCAGAAAGCGUACGUCCCCGUCAUUUCCUGUUCUGGUCGUCCUUCGUUACAAGAAACCAACGCGCGUAGAUUUGGCAGAACCAAUGCGAGGACUUUUUAAGCCCCGUUAGGCGUUUGCCGUCUUGAAACAGAAAAGAGAACAACCAUAUUUGCUGCCUUGCUGAUCGCUGUAUCGCUGGCUGGCUGGUAUGUGGUACUGAAGGCCGAUGAAUGUCUCGCGCAGAAAGCAGAUCGCCGUUUGUUCCGGAGGCAACCGCAGCUGUAGUAAUUUUUCUGCAAGGUGUCACACAGUAUACCGUCCAGAUGGAUUUUCUGGGAGCGGCCGGCUUUUGUUGCUGCUGCUGCUGUCAAGUUUUCUUUCUCUUUCUUUUCUUUUCCUUCUUUUUCUACAGUCUAGUGCUCAGUGUUCCAAGAAUUUCGAUUUUCAUCUUUUGUUUAACUUAACUGGUCUGAAGCAUUUUGCAUGUCUGUACCGAUGAUGUUGCUGAUAAACACGUAGCACGAGCGCAGAGAAAGAGGGGGAAUUCCUAAAAGUAUGAUGCUGAGCCAGAACUUUCCCCGGGGUGUUGAUUGAACUUAGGCUGAGAGGCAGAAAACGCGCUAAAGGAGUUGAAAAGAUGCUGAUACGUUGGGGAUAACUUGUAGCGGAGGGCAUCCGGAAAUUUAAGGCCGAUUAGCAGAGAUUGCAGAUAACUGUUUCCAGUUACGUCCUUGAGAAUGUUCGAGACGACGUGACAAUCAUGCUCUAAGCUGUGCAGUGUAUGGCCGAAUUCAUUGCUAUUUCUAGGUUACAGAUAAACUAUUUGUUAAGCUGCUGCUUUUGCCGACCUGUUCCAAACAUCGAUAAGUUUUAUAUUUUCAGAUAAGACCCAAAACUUUCAACCAACAACAUUCAGCGAAACUUUAUCCACAUGAGAGAUUGUGGAAUCUGCAGAAUUCGACGUUCCAUCCGGGUGGUGUGGUAAGUUCACUGCAUUUGUUUUAGGAAUUCUUUGCCCCGUCAAAUGCACCCACAUUUCUACUACAUUGAAGUAAAUGAUAUUUUAAGCUAAUAAAUACAGACGAAAGAAAUAAUUGUAUGAAUGGACAACACAAGCAAAAUAAACCGUAAGUGGGGAUCUGCAUC